AUGGGCGAUGACCAGCGUCUGAAGGCCAUCGCAGUACUAUGGGUGAUGACCGGACUAUCGUUCAUUCUCGUUCCUCUCCGUCUAUAUACGAGAAUCUAUCUUCUCAGAGGAUUGGGACUCGAUGAUCAUGUUUUCAACUUGGGUUGGGUCUUCAUGUUGUUGCAUACCAUCUUCUACACGGUUGCCGACACCAUCCCAUCGGACGACCCUCGGGCCAUGUACAUGGGAAUGAUCGGACAGACGUUUGCAAUUCUCGGUCUGGCGAUUGCGAACAUUUCGCUGGGGAUCUUCUUGCUUCGGAUUGUCGUCAAAGCAUGGCAUCGACUGUCAAUUUAUAUUGCCACGGUGAGCGUCUCACUGGUGUCUGUCUUGAUGGUCGUCGUCUUCUGGGUGCAACGCUCGCCCACUGAGAGUAUCUACGACCCGACCGUCGCUGGUCGGACGCUCAUACCUGUUCGACCGUUUUCCACGCUUCUGGGGUCAUGGUGUACCGUGGUGGACUUCUUUUUUGCCAUUAUUCCGUGGAUUUUCAUCUGGGAGCUGAACAUGAGGUUCAAGGAAAAAUUGACCAUCACCAUGAGUUUCAGCCUCGGCUUUAUAGCAGGUAUUUGCGGAAUAAUUCGAACGGUUGAGUUGAGCAAGCUAUCGGAGACCAAUUACACCGAGGGAACCGUCACGUUGAUUAUUUGGUCGGCCAUCGAGCUGGCCGUGACGCUCAUCUGUGUCGGGAUUCCCACCGUCCGACCUCUGUAUCUUAAGAUCGUCCACCGAUCGAACUCAAAAUACACGCCAGACUACAACAAAGAGACCGACAAUGGCGAGAACCUACCGCGGUUUGAGAUGCCGAUGAGGAAAUUCAACCACAUGAGGUAUCAUGAUGGGUCGUUGGACGGGGACGUGACAGACGCGAGCAUCGAGAAUCAGUAUCCGGAUUGCAUCCAGAUUCACCAUGAGGUGAAAGUUGAAGCUCACUAA